UUGGUGCUGUUGUCGUUUGGAUAGCGACGAAGGCAAAGGGGAGGAGGGACUUUCUCGUUUCGCUGCAAAAGUUCCUAGUCGAAUCAGUCGAGAGUCAAGUAACGAUCGGUUCGCGUGUGCGUCCUGCCGCGUCCUGUCUCUCCUCGCUUGUUCAUAUUCCGUUUCCCAUCCUCGUUGCUGCAAGCCAAGUUUUGACAAGAAAUUUUGUUUCAAUCGUUUCCGUUUUGGUCGGCAGUGUGCAAAAUUCACUUAUCAAUUUCAACCCCUCGUGUGUUUCAUUCUGGGUCAGUUUGAGAGAGAGAGAUAGAGAGAGCCAUUGAAAAGUUCCGUAAACAACAAAACAACGAUGGUGAUUCAUCCGUCCGGCAGCCGGGAGUGAUUUGUAUAAAUUUCCAUCUCGAAAACAUUCCAAGGCCGUCGAAAAAAAAGGGGGGAAGAAAAUUAGAAAAGAAAAAAAGAGUUUAAAAUACAGAUUUCCCUGUGGUUUUUCUAUUUUAAUAUUUAAAACUAAAAAAAGACAGCGGCCAUUCUUCUCUGCCUCGCCACGCCGUUGGAGGCGCAUCGUGCCAAAACUCGAAAAAAGAGCAACAAGUUUUCACCAACUUUGCCCUCACAAAGUGAAAAUGGCUUCCCCUUUAGUUUUCUUUCCUCACCGAUGGCUCCUGUUGCUGAUUUGGUUCGCCAUCGUUAACGCCUCUCUGCCAACAUCACCCAGUAACAACGUGACCUGUUCAUCGGUUCGUUCAGCCUAUCGUGCCAAGGGAUUGCCCGACCGAGACGUGCCACAAUCCCAACUACCCAUUGCAGCAGGAAGUCAUCAGUUGCGGUUUUGCGGAUCGAGAAGCAGCGGCGCUGGAUCAUCAUCGCAACCGACAUGUUGUACCGAGGCCAUGGAGAACCGGCUGAACGACGCCAGCCGCCAGCAAUACGAACUGGUGGUGCGAGACGCCUCUUCUUCUCUAUCGUCCACCUUCACCGCCCGAGCCAAGAAAUUCGACGAAUUCUUUCGUGAGCUGUUGGAAAACUCUAAACGCGAUUUUCACGACAUGUUCAAACGGACUUAUGGCAUUCUCUACGAACAGAACAGCGAAGUCUUUACCGACCUCUUCCGCGACCUGGAAGAUUACUACGCUCGCGGCAAACUCGACCUGGAAGAAGCCAUGGAUCAUUUUUUCACGGCCCUCUACCAGCGAAUGUUUACCGUCCUGAACGCCCAAUUUCGAUUCGACGACAAGUAUUUGAUCUGCGUCAACACGCACAUGAAAGAACUGAAGCCGUUCGGCGACGUACCCAAAAAGUUAUCGGUGCAAGUGAAGCGUUCCUUUGUCGCCACCAGAACGUUCACACAGGCGCUGAAUGUCGGACGGGACGUCAUCGCCAAGAUGCAAUCGAUGGAAGCGAGUGGCGAUUGCAUGCGUGCCGUGAUGCGAAUGUCCAUGUGCCCCGUUUGCCAAGGUCUCGACGAGGUCAAACCGUGCGGUCAUUACUGCCUCAACGUCUUUAAAGGUUGUCUGGCGUAUCACGCUGAUCUCGGAGUCGAAUGGGACAACUACGUUGAUGCCCUGAUGAAAGUGGCCGACCGACUCUUGGGGCCUUUCAAUAUUGAACUGGUUGUCGAUCCGAUCGAUAUCAAAAUUUCUGACGCCAUUAUGAAUUUUCAAGAGAAUGGCUACGAGAUUUCUCAAAAGGUGUUUAAGGGAUGCGGACAACCGCGGCUGGGCAAACGAAGUGCAACCACCUCCGAGAUCAAUUUCGAGAGCGUGAAAUUUGAUCGGGCUGGCAGUGGUGGCACUGGAACUGGUGGCGCCAACGUCCGUCCCACAACGGCAGCUGGCACGUCACUCGAUCGCCUCGUUCGUGACAUUAAACAGAAGGUCAAAGCUAGUCGUGGUUAUUGGUCCAAACUGCCGCAGACUAUUUGCGCCCAUGAGAAACUCGCCCCAUUGGCUGGCAGUGCCGAAGGAGACUGCUGGAAUGGCAGCGAACGGGCUCGAUACUCUGCCGCUUUGAUGGCUGAUGGUGUAGCGGCUCAGACGGGCAACCCCGAAGUCACGCUGGACGGCAGCCGGCCUAAUACUCUUGUUAAUGAUCAGAUCUUCACAUUGCGACUGAUAACCAACAAACUGGAGAAUGCCUACAAUGGAAUGGAUGUUGAAUGGGAUGGUAGGCAUAUCCGGCUACAUUCUCUCCAUUGUUUUGCAUCAACCAAUCAACGUCCAUUAUUCCGUUUUCAUUUAGAUUCUUUCUCCAAUGGCAGCGGAAGCGGGAGUGGUUCUGGUGAUGGAGCCGGAUCGAUGGAAGAAGAUGACGAUGAGGACCGCGAGCGGGCAAAACAUCCCAGCGGCGGACACAAUCCGAACAGCGCCAACCGUGGCGGUGGCGCUAGUUCCGUCCCCGGAAUCGAUUCAAACCGACAACAACCCAAGAGCAAACCCAACCCAUACGAUGGCAUUCCCCGGAAUAAUGCCGGCAAUUCAGAAGACGACGAUGAAGAAGAAGACGAUGACAUUGAAUUCACGCAGGGCGGAAUCGCUCCGAAACCAGAGAACAAAGUCCCGACGGCUUCGUCCGCUCCGCCGGCCGAUAGCACACAACAAUCGCUCAGUCCCAACAAAGCGCUGACCAGCUAUCUCGUGCCUAUCGUCGUCAUGUGGCUCGGCAACAUGUUUUAAAAGUUUCACGACAUCCCCGGCAAACCCUUUCUUUUUAAACAAAAACAAAAAAUCCCGCAUGCUUGUGAUCGUUUCACUUGCUUCAAUUUUAAUUAUUUUUUAUUCUUCUGAGCCAAAGCAAGCGACAGGUAUACAUUUAUAAAUAUAUAAAUAAGUUUCAGGGUGAGACGCAAAUUCCGCGCCAAACCCAGACAGCGACACAAAUCCGUCUUCACGGGCAACUACUUUAUUGGCUUUCCCCCCACCCCCACCCCCCCCCCUUUUUUUUUUUUUUAUGGAUUGUACAUUUUCAAUGAAUCACGCUCCUUUCCCGCCUCCCCCCCACGAGUUUCAAAGUUUAUUUUAAAAUCCCGAAAUAAUGAUGAUAGUCUUAAAACUGAGAUCAGCUAGCUUAUUCCACCCCUUUCCAAUCGCAGGACGGUUCCACAUCUGUGGCAAAAAAAAAAAAAAAAAAAAAAAUAUUCAGCGAAAUGUGAAGGCGAUGUAAGAGGAAAAGAGAAAAACGAAAUUUUUUUUGUUUUUUUUUUUUUAAAUGGCGCCUAGUUCUCUAGUCACGGCCAAAUGAAACAAUUAAAAGGUGAGACGACAGAAGGAAUUUGGAACUUGGCAGAUUGCGAGCCACAUGCCGUGUAACUUUUUUUUUUUUUUCACGAAAAAAAUAAAAUACGAAAAUCCCUCGCCGUUCUUCGGCAGUGAAGCGGCGUGUGAAAGAGAAGAACAAGAUUUUCACAAGAUACAAUUCGGUUGACGAUCGCCAUCUGUUGCAAGUGAAUUGCGCACACAGAGAAGAUGUUCACCGCCAUUGACCUUUUUUUAUUUUUAAUGUAACAAAAAUUCUCCUUCUCUUCUUUAAACUUGGGGGGGAAAAAUAACGAAUUUAAAUUUAUAUGUUUGUACUUGUAUAUAAGUGGGUCGAAUGGAAUCGACUUUUUUUUUUAAGUGCACCGCUGUCAUGUCUGUGUCAUUUUCGUGAACUCCGUCUUGAAAAACCAAACAAACAAACAAAAAAAAAAGUAAGUUCCAACAUGUGUGAUGGUCAUGUUUCACUCCCUCACUCAGUAACCACAAUGUCGUGCGGUUUUUACAUCAAUUUAUUAUUUCCUUCAUAUAUAUUUUGUUUUCAUUUAAAGGCGUGCCAAUUUAUUUUUUCACAUUGUGAGUCUUGUACAUAUAUCAUUACACAUCCCCUUGCCCGCCUCUCUACUUUACAUUAUUCCCAUUCUCGUUGUAGGUCCCAUUUCCUAAAGAAAACAAACUUACACACACGUGAAUUUUGAUGGAUGAAUUUGAAAUGACACACUGUGAAUAAAUAAUUUCAACGAAA